AUGGCGCUGAACGCAGGCGGCGCGUGCCGGGCUGUGUCCCGGGAGCUGCUCUCCGUGGAAGGCGGCGGAGGUAUUCAUGAGACGCUACUACUGGAUUCAAAGCAAAAGAAUAAGAAGGCCAUGAAGUCACACACAGUCUGGGUACCAAGGAGCAGCAUAUUGGAUAGGGUACAGAGCUUUCUACCACAUAUGGCCAACGCAAAUGAUGACCUAAGAAGAGAAAUGGAAAAUGUUCCUGUUGAAGACUUCAAUAUUGAACAUGUAGAUGCUUCGACUGAAAACGUUAUUGAAAUGAAUGUGGCUUUGGUGGAACUGAGUGGUUCUAGUUCAGAGGAAGAGGAUUCAGCCUCAGAAGAUGACUCUGAUGAUAGCUCUGUCUGUGAAGAGGUCACUGUAGACAACCUUAAGCUUCCUAAACCCAAGGGAGAAGGCAAAAUAGAAGUUUUGGACAGUAAAUCUAAUGAGUAGGUGUUUCAUAACUAUUUCAGAUGUCCAGUUCUGUUGCAUGCCAUGCAUGGUUACAUCUGAGAUAAGAGUCCUCUGGGCAAGCUGCUUUGUUUCCAAGUGUUUCUGGAAACUAGAUUG